ACCGUCACUGCAACAAUUCUCGUGGUUGUGAUGGGCGCAACCUACGCCUUCUCUGCCCCAGGGAAGCAUGGGUCCGGCGUCCGACCUGCUAUGGAGGCAAGGGAGCGGCCCCUUGCUCGAAUGAAGAGGACUAUGGAUGAUCAUGACCACAAUGACACCCGUGAGCAUCAAGUGGACUCCCAUGAUCAUGGCAGCAACGAAACCCAAGUUCAUGACACUAUGGGCCAUCAUGGCAUUAAAGACCAUCACCAUAAUGAGGCUUAUCAUACCACCCAAAUGCACGAGGAGGAGGCACAUGGUCAUAGCGCCAACGAAACCCAAAUGCACGAGGAGGAAACCCAUGGUCAUGGCAACAACGAAACCCAAAUGCACGAGGAGGAAACCCAUGGUCAUGGCAACAACGAAACCCAAAUGCAUGAGGAGGAUGCCCAUGGUCAUAGCGUCAACGAAACCCAAAUGCAUGAGGAGGAAGCCCAUGGUCAUAGCGUCAACGAAACCCAAAUGCAUGAGGAGGAAACCCAUGGUCAUGGCAACAACGAAAUCCAUGUUCGCGACGUUACAGGAGGCGAUGGCACGAUAGCAAGUAGGCCGAUGGGGAGGUAACAGCGACAGCGAAAAUGUUGAUUGAUCUUCUAUUACACUAAUAUAUUGUAUGAUGUAUACAUAUACAUUAAUAUAGCUAUUUGUAUGUAUACAUGCUGACAGAUAAAUGUAAUCACAGGAAUGAUAAUGGUGAUAAUAAUGGCAGUAUCAAAAUUCAGUUUCUAAAUUUCUAGUGUCUAAAUAAUCUUAUGAAAGAUUUUUUUUUAAUAUAAGGAAAAUUGAAUAAAUUCAUAAGAUAAAUUAAUAAGGGGUUAACUGAUAUUAAAUAAGCCUACUUUUCCCUUCCUCUGUUUCAUUGUAUAAACAAUGUAUAAACAGUGAUCCAAUAUCAGUGUUAUAAUCCUUAUUGUGAUGAAUAAAGUAAUUGAUGAAUCCA